AUGCUCAGUGGUCAGGUUUCGUAUUUUUUACAUUUCACGGGGCCAAGCGCGGCGGUGGACACGGCAUGUGCAUCUGGGCUAUCGGCCGUUGCAAUGGGCGAGAUGAAUCUUCGCUAUGGCUGGGACGGCGCUGUAGCUGUUGGUGCCUUGUCUUUGUACGACAUGUGGUCCUACACCCUAGCAUGUCUUCCUGGUGCAAUGCUAAGUGGCCGAUGCCAGCCGUUCAGCAUGAAAGCUAAUGGUUAUGGACGAGCCGAAGGAGUGGGAGCUGUGGCCAUGCGGCACCUGGGGGCUGAUCUCGCUGUCCCUCCACUCGCGGAGCUCCGCGGCAUCGCCCAGGACAGCGAUGGGGCGUCUGUCACUCCUAUCACUCGCCCUUCUCCCAGCCAGCAACUGGAAUGCAUGAGGAUGGUGUGGCGGUCUGAAGCCGCAGAUUGUGGAGCUGUGGAGUGCCAUGGCACCGGCACGCCUGUUGGGGAUCCUACGGAGGUCAACAGUGUAGGUGACAUGGUUAGCCAGCGAGUCUGCAUCGGCGGUGUGAAAGGGAAUAUCAACCAUACCGAGUCCACCGCUGGCAUUGCAGGUCUCAUCAAGAUGGUGAAUGUCGUCCAACAACAAACGAUGUGCCCCCAUGGCGCGGGGCACUGGUCACCGGAGCUGUCAAUCCUGUCCACCAAGCAGAAGGAGCAUUUGAUUCUCUCGACUGAGUGUCAGCAGCUGCGUGAGGGUGCCAGGGCUGCCGGAGUGA